AUGUUUUCUCAGGUAAGAGGACUCCCCAGUUCCAUCCUCAUUCACGUCGCACCAUCACAAAAGAGCUUGUCCGACGCAAAGAAGCCGUAUUCGGCGGUCACGGUGAACAUCGAGACCCUCACCAGCGAAACGUACGAGGAGGAUGACCUGAGCGGUAUCCCCGACCUCGUCGAGGUCAUCAAGCUUCAAGGCUCCGGACCCGCCGAGGCCGCUCGCGCUAUCCGCAAGAAGCUCAAGUACGGCAACGUUCACCGUCAGCUCAGAGCUCUGACCAUCCUGGACGGCCUCAUCCAGAACGCCGGUCCGCGUUUUCAACGCGCCUUCGCAGACGAGACUCUUCUGGAGCGUCUGCGAGUCUGUGGAACAUCUGAUCUGUCUGAUCCCGAUGUCAAGAAGAAGUGCACCGAGCUGUUCCGCAGUUGGUCUCAGUACAAGAACACCCCAGGCUUGGAGCGCAUUGCCAAGCUGCACCAGGAACUGCCGAAGCGCAAGGUCGCUGCCACUCAGGAGAGAUCCAAGGCUGUUCGUGAGACCGAGAACCCCUUCGGCGAGGAGGAGGAGGACAAGCCUCCCUCGCCCACUGGCCGUGCUGGCGAGUCCUCGAGAACACAGCCAACACCUUACGGCGGUACAUCUGGUGCCGUUUCCUCCUUCAGCCACACCAAGUCCCCGUCCAGCUCAGGAAGCUCAUUCUUCAGCUCAUCCAAAGAUAAGAAGAAGAAGGACAAGGAUAAGAAGAGCAAGCGAAAGCCCUUCAACCUUGAGCUCGAGAAGGAGGCAAUGAAGGGCGCCAUCGCGGAAAGCUCCAUCGCCACCACCAACUUGAACAACACCCUCCAAAGUAUCAACAGAGAAAGAGAGCGGAUCUCCGAAAACCCUCAAGCCGUGGCAAACUUCGAGAACUGCAAGCAGUUGAGAAGGAAGAUCCUCCGCUACAUCCACCACAUCGAAUCCGAGGAGUGGCUAGGCAGUCUUCUCAGAGCCAACGACGAGCUUGUCACGGCACUCAUGACCUUCGAGCAACUUGACCGGUCGAUCGAUGCCGAUAGUGACUCGGACGAUGAGCUUGCUGAGCAAGCUCAUAUUUAUCGAAUGGUCACCGAGAAGGCUAAGAAUUCCAUGUCCCCGCCUCCGGACGUCUCUGGCCUGAGCAUCGGCCACACGCCUUCGCCACGCCCUCCCGCCCCGCCACGCCCGGCUCCGAUGGUAGCGCACGCUCCUCCGAAGCCCCCGAGACCUCCCGUUCAGCCAGCCCGGUCGGUUCAGCCAGUCCAGCAGGACUCUGAAGAAGAGGACGACGAUGACCCGUUUGCCGAUAAGAACGCGCUCGAGACGCCCGCUCAGGAACGUGGGGAGCCAAGGUGGUGA